AGAUGUGCACCAGGUUCACUGAUCAGGGAGGGAAAAUGACUGAACAUGAUCUGUGGGAACUAACUAAGGCAUCAAUUAUUUUUUAUUUUGAUAAACUACACAGGUAAGGAUUGUGGACUGUAUGUUUAAAAUAUACAAUCAGACUGAAAAUUAUAUAUUUAAUAUGGUAGAUUAGAAGUUUGGGGGAGAUAUCUAUAUUAUUUAUACUUGGAGGACUUUCUUUGUAUGUAUUCAGGUUAGAAUAAAUUGUUCAGGCAAAGUAUUGCGCGUGCCUGCCUCUGUGUAUAUUUGUGCGUGCGUGUGUGUGUGGGAGGGGUUUGUUGGAGACACUUGCUCCCUCUAAUUAGCAGUGUGCGCCGGUAAAGAAACUCAGUAGAGCGACCUCACCAAGGCGCAAAGGCAUCCGAAGGCCACUUCACCUGUGUGACUUUGACUGUGUGAAGUUGGACAGAGAGGCGGUCCGGAUGCUCGCUGCUCUGCGGUGUGCUGCCCAGCUUAGCUGACAGUCGGUUACAGCUGAAAGAGCAGUUUAAGAAAAAAGGAAAGAGAAAGAAGAAAAAAGCACUUGUCUUGUGAACUCCUGCGCGCCCCGCUUAUCCGUUCAGCGCCUGGCCUCGGACGCACCGACUUGUUGCCCCGGCUGAGCUCUGAGGGGGCCACGGCUGCUGCGUUGCGUGUCCGACCUACAAGUCAGCGAGAGGACUUAAAAGGCUGCUGUAAGGAUGAUGUCCUACAUAAAGCAACCCCAUUACACCAUGAACGGGUUAAACGUGCCUGCUCCUGGAAUGGAUGUGCUUCAUACAACCGUCGCUUAUCCACCCACUCCCAGGAAGCAGCGCAGGGAGCGCACCACCUUCACCCGCACACAGCUGGACAUCCUGGAGGCGCUCUUCUCAAAGACCCGCUACCCAGACAUCUUCAUGAGGGAGGAGGUGGCCCUCAAGAUCAACCUGCCUGAGUCACGUGUCCAGGUUUGGUUUAAAAACCGCCGUGCCAAGUGCCGCCAGCAGCAGCAGCAGAGCAGCGGCCAGUCCAAGCCCCGGCCUCCCAAAAAGAAGGCCUCGCCAGCGCAGGAGCCUAGUGCUCCUGAUCCCGUUCCUAACCCAUCUGGCUCAUUCAGCCCCUCCUCAGCCCAUUCUGGCCCCAGCCUGGCCCCGAGCUCCAGCACCGGAAACACUGCCGUGUCCAUUUGGAGCCCAGCCAUCUCACCCCUGCCUGACCCCUUGGCCUCCUCCUCGGCGCCCUGCAUGCAGCGGCCCUCACCUUACCCUAUGAGCUAUGGCCAGCCAUCAGCCUACACCCAGGGCUAUGCUAGCACAACCUCCUACUUCACUGGCCUGGACUGCAGCGCCUAUCUGUCCCCCAUGCAUUCACAGUUGUCAGGCACCGGAGGUGCUCUCAGCCCCAUUGCUGUGCCCUCUAUGGGGGGCUCCUUAAGCCAGUCCCCAGCAUCUCUGUCUUCACAGGGCUACAGCACUGCCUCUUCCCUGGGCUUCACCUCUGUCGACUGCCUGGACUACAAGGACCAGCAGGCCUGGAAGCUGGGCUUCACCACAAUGGAUUGCCUGGAUCACAAGGACCAAAACUCCUGGAAGUUCCAGGUUCUCUAGAAAGCGUGUCAACAUGCCACGUGCAUCAGUGAAUCCCAUGUAAGAUAGGGCAAAGCAGUUCUCCCAGAGGACUUAACAUUGAUUUCUCAGUUUGUCAUUUGUAAGAUUUUCUGUAGGAAAUGCAUUUGAUUUAAAAGGUUUGGAGAUGAACAAAUGAAUGAGUGUCAUCGAUGCUGCCUGACUGCAAAUCAUGUCUGUUUUCUUCUUUGUGUUAUCUUAAAUAAGAGAACAAACGCCUUUAAACAGUUUGAAGGAAAAGACUGGAGAAACAACACAAGCUAUCUCUU